AUGCUCGAAGAUGGCAUGCAUCUAGAAGUAUCAACAAGCCCUGUCGCUACUGAAUGGGACACUCCUUACAAUUGGGGAUGGGCGCCGCCGUCUGAGCCAUCGGGGGAGAAGCCCAAGGCUCACACCCUUCCUCCUUCUCUGGAUCACCAUCCCCUUCUUGGGGAUAUCCCUAUCUCUCACGAGCCAUUUACGAUCCCCGCACUAGGUGAUUCUCAGGUAUCAGCGUUCCCGUGGCUUCAAAAUGAGUCAGACGUCUCCCCAUCUCCUGGGAUGGAGAUUGUGCUACGACAGAGUUUCGGCAACGACGGAGACUUUUGCACAAACUCGCCGUCAAGCCCAUCGGAGCAUGGCCAAACUUCCAACGACGGCCUCGAGGAAAUAUUCAUUCCCCAUUCUCUCUCUGCGAGCCUGAACCUCUUCCCAUCGGACACAGAGCCAUCUGCAAUUCACCACUUCAAAACAUACAUGACCAGCACCCUCAGUGUCAAGAACGCGCAGUGGAAUAUCUUCUCGCACUUCCUCGCCUCUAGUAAGGCAAACACGUUCUCACCAAUACGAAGCGGCAUCAUCGCCUGGGCAGCAGCCCAUAACGGGCUGGACGGACAGAACUCUUCCGACGAGUACCUAGCCCAUUAUGCACAGGCAUCCGCCGAGAUGGACACCCUCACUACAUCCCUGGUGGUCAUGAAUGACUGGCGACAGGAACAGCUGGGUGUCGUCCUGGCAACGGCGUAUUUCCUCAGUCACUGCGAUCUCGUCACUGGCAACAUGUCAGGCCUUGUGUCAAGACUCGACAGCAUACGGGAGUUGAUUAAAGGAAGAUGUAAUCUCCUCAGCAGCGAACUGACCGGCGUCAGCGCGCGGCUGCUUCUCUGGCUGGCCUACUUGGACCUCCGACGGUCGAUAUUUCUUCCCAAAGGUGGCCAUGCUGCCGACACCAUCAUUUGGAUCAUCGAGAAUCAGGAGUCAUUGGCUCGGCUCUACCUCAGGAGCCGACUGUAUCUCAAGGAGGCUUUCGGCGAGAGCUACCCCAGCUUAGAACUGCGGGACGACAUGAUUCAGGACCCUGUGAAUUUGAAGUUUGCCGAAGGCAUGUCUAUACUCGGGAGAAUACUCCAAUAUGCUCGGGACGGGGAUGAAAGCACCCCUGGGCUCAGUAAUGAUUUGGAGAUGCUUCACUCCGACAUGAUAGAGCUGGAAAGAGAAUGCGAUCUUGCUCUUCAAGGGUUCGACUCGAACGGCUCUAUAUCCAUCACACGAACAUCAUACCACUGGCUCAAUCUAAAAGUCACCAUUCAAUCCGGACUCAUCCUCCUCAGCCGGAUGCGCAACCCAAGUUGUCGAACUGACGAUGAGGCCCAGUCCGCAGCCUACAAGAUCCUGAAGAUCACGAUUCAGCUGCGCAAGGCGAACAAGUUGCACAACCCGCACUCGGUAUUCUCGGUGCUGCCGAUAUUUCUCGCGGGUAUCGAGACCAUCGACGAGGUUCAUCAGGACUGGAUCAUGAGGUUCCUGGAGGAUGCGCGUGGCUGGGGGCUACAUGUGCAGAGAGCCGCCAAAGUGCUGCAGCGUGCUGUGGAGAGGCAGAAACAGACGGGGCGUAGGCUGGGAUUCAAAGAUAUUGCCAGUCUAGCGAGUGAGCAGCUCGUAUUGUAA